AAAAUUCUGUGGGGAUCUUUGAGCUUUUUGUGUGACGCAGAUAACUGGCUGCAGUCCACUGACUCAGUGGAUUUUGUGGUGAAAAAUCUAAAUAACUUACUGGAUGGACUGUUUAAUUUUCGACAUCUAAAAAUGGGCUUGCAAGAAGACAAAGCAAAGCCAAAAGAAAAACUUUCCCUUAUUUUCCUCUUGAUGUGCACGGUCAGUUUCAUUAUUUCUGUCGAUGGAUAUGUCCUGAAAAAUUGUUACAUCAGCAGAGAUACCGCCAUAUGUGCAAAGUAUAAACUAAAAGCUAUUCCUCAAGAUCUUCCCAAAACACUGACCGGCUAUGAUUUGUCUCUAAACCUAAUUAUGAGAAUACAACAGUCAGAUUUCCAAAAUCUACCUGUUUUAAUAUGGUUGGACCUAAAACACAACAACAUCUCACAGAUAGAUCGCGCUGCUUUUAGCAGUUUGAUUUCCCUCCAGAGGUUAAACCUCAAUUAUAACCGACUUGAUAUUCUAGGCGAGAACGUUUUUGAUGGUUUGAGCAGCUUAACCGAACUAAGACUUACAAGUAAUCACCUCAAAAUAGUGGCGUCCACUUCUUUUAAGUCCCUGACAAGCUUGACAUUUUUGGAUCUUUCCUACAAUAAACUGGGAAAAAUGAGAAACAUUCAUCUGAUACUGCAGCAUCUGCCAAAAUUACAGACGCUCGUACUUACAAAAAACAACUUAAACACGUUUCGUUCAUGGGAACUAACAAAUCACUCGCUAGAGCUUAAUGCCAUUGAUAUUUGUCAAAAUUACUUGACUGAAUUAAAUAUCUCUGACAAUGUUUUCCCAAAUCUCACCUCUUUUAAUAUCGGAGGCUUUACGAGUAAAAAACCGAUGAUUUGGGACGUGCGAAACAAAACAUUCCUGGGUCAAGUGUCCAGGCUUGAUAUUAGUGGUCUCCCCAUGGCUCUUGAUAGCAUGAAGGCAUUAUUUGGAGCUGUGAACUCGUCCUUAACUAUUCUGAGGAUGAAUGGAAUGAAACGAAACCUCAGCGCACUCAUAAAUAUUUCUUGUAGCAUCCCGACAAUGUCCAUGCUGCAGUUUAAACAAAAUAACCUUAAACAUGUUCAUUCAGAUUUUUUCAAGGCUUGCAUCUAUGUGACUGAGUUAGAUUUAACAAAAAAUAGUAUACAGAAAAUAGAUGAGGAUGCCUUCAGAUCCCUUCUGAGUCUGAAAACUCUGAUUCUAAGUCAAAAUGAACUUGUUUCAGUUCCAUCUGCAACAAGGAAUCUGCGAUUUCUUACCAAACUGGAUCUCACCAGCAACAAAAUCAGCACACUUAAUUGUGAUGAUUUUACCAACCAAACUAAGCUGACAGAGUUAAACCUCAAAAACAAUUCAAUCACAGCUCUGAAAGACUGCUUUUUCAAAGAUUUGGUACAUCUGCAAAUUCUGAGAUUACAGACGAAUCAAAUAACUCGUUUAAAUGAUGCUUUCAAAAUUUACUUACCAAACCUUAGACGGUUGCAUUUGAAUAAAAAUAAACUACCUAAGAUUGUAUCUGAGGAAUUUAAAGGUUUGCGGUCUCUCAGGAAUUUAUCAUUAAAUGACAAUCAAAUAGAAAAACUUUACUGGAACAGUUUUGUUGGACUGACAAAUCUUACAGAGCUUCUAUUAGUGUCAAACUGUAUCACAACAAAGGGCUUAGGAGCUUUCAACGUUCUUAUUAAUCUGAGAAGAUUAGAUUUAAGCAACAAUAAAAUUCAUUAUCCCAAAGAAGACAUUACACGUGCACCAUUUUCUAACUUGUUCAAUCUGAAGGAGUUGUCCAUUCCUGGACAGCAUCACAGGGAUAAGUCACAUCUUCCUGUCAACUUCCUGCAAGGUUUGACAAAUCUUUUGCUUUUCAGUGUCAGGAAUUCUCAGCUUCUCUCUCUGCACAAAGACACAUUUAUUUACACACCUAAUUUGGAAAAACUUGAUAUUAGCUCCAAUGAUCUCCGCACUCUCUCUUCAGAAAUGUUUUCUCCACUGGCAAACCUUAGAAGUCUCUACAUAUCCACAACACUUCUAAAGUCACUCAGUUUCUUUGUGAAUGCCAAUCUGACCAAGUUGGAGUUCUUGCAGGCAAGAAAGAAUCAUUACUCAGUUAUCACUGAGAAAGUGAUUAAAUCCCUUCCAAGUUUGGAGUAUUUGGACUUUAUGGGGAACAGCUUUGCCUGUGACUGUUAUAACGCCUUUUUCCUCAACUGGCUAGAAACCAAUAAGACAACACAGGUGUUUGACGCCUAUAACUUUGAGUGUAACUAUCCAGAUGGAUUAAAAGAUAAAAAGUUUUUGGAUCUUGACGUAAAAUCCUGCUCAGUGGACAUCAACUUCAUCCUCUUUGUCACCACCUCGUGUUUAAUCCUCUCUUUUAUGGUGGGAGCAUUCACCUACCACUUCAUGAGGUGGCAGCUGGUCUAUGCCUAUUAUAUCUUGUUGGCUUGGCUCUUAGACACAAAGCAAAAAAACAAGCAAGCUCCAAAUCAAUAUGAUGCCUUCAUCUCUUACAAUGCCCACGAUGAGCCUUGGGUGAUCGGAGAGCUCUUACCAAAACUGGAAGAAGAGCAGGGCUGGAAGCUGUGUCUGCACCAUCGAGACUUUGAACCAGGAAAGCCCAUCAUUGAGAACAUCACCGAUGCCAUCUAUGGAAGCAGGAAGACCAUCUGUGUCAUCAGCCACAGAUACCUUGAGAGUGAAUGGUGCUCCAGAGAAAUCCAGACAGCCAGUUUCCGUCUGUUUGACGAGCAGAAGGAUGUGCUGAUCCUGGUGUUUCUGGAGGAGAUUCCCACUUAUCUUCUCUCACCAUACCACCGCAUGAGAAAGCUGCUAAAGAAGAAAACCUACCUGAGCUGGACACAAGCUGGAGAGAAACCUGAGGUGUUCUGGGAGAAACUGCGACAGGCUUUAAAAACUGGAGAAGAUAUGAAUGUGGGCAGUCUUCUCCUGAGUGUACCAAACACAGUGAUUUAAAGGAUAUACACGAUUUGCAGCCGGUGUAAAUCACUGCAUUGUCUUCGAUGUUUUGGAUGUUUAUCUCAAGACUGCCGCAUGCAGAGCUUCUCGUUUUUAGAACCGAAUAUUUGGAUUUUAUUGACACAGUUGGACCUGCGAUGAACUGAAGACCUGGUUUGUACCGACUCUUGUCUGAUAGAAGCUGGACUCCAACCCCCUCCACAACCCUGCAAUAGGAUAAGAAAAUACAGACAAUAUAGAUGGAGGGAUGUUGAUAUCAGUUGCACACUCAAAUAAUAGGAAGUGUAACCUGAACUGUUUCCUUCCAGUCAAGCUGGAAAAUCACAAUUUACUGAAUUAAACUACUUAGUGUGGUUAAAUAUACUAAAACCUGAAGCCUCCUCCAAACCUUAGUUGGUUUAAACUGGGCCAUAAACUUUUAUUUGCAACAGCUUUUAAUUAAUAAGAAGUUUUUUUUUCUUUUUGAAUAUAUUUUCUUGCAUAUGUGCAUUGACAGUUAUGACUAAUGAUUAAUUUCCCACUGACAUCUUUUUGAAAUAUAUAACCCAGUGUAUGUUUUCUCUUGUCGUUUCUUUUGAUCAUGUACAGCACAUCGGUUUGCCUUACAUAUGAAAUAAAUUUGACUUGCCUACGUUUCAUUCAGGAAAACUUUCUUGCACUGCCGUCCCUUAACACAAGGCAGUUUUAAUCCAGAAUGAUAUAAAUCAUGGUUCUCUAAUGGUUGAAUAAACCUUCAAAUAUGGGUGUAUGGGUGUGUCUCUGGCUCUUGUCGUCUUUCUGUCUCCUCCUCUCCCAGAAAUAUUUAUACUUAAGCUAUCUACACCUUCCUUAGUUUGUGUUUAUGUUUGAGUUCAUUUUAGAUUUGACCCACUGUAAUAUGUUCCAUCGAGUACACAAAUAUAAAGAAAUUUAUUCAGCAAUAUACACAUCUACAAGUCAGACUGUAAAUCUGCUCCGUUUUUUAUUUUAAAUGAAGCCUGUUGAUUAGUCUGGGAUAACUAAGCACAUUUUUCUGUGGUCAGUAACUGAAUGAAAUUAGGUCAGUCAGUUUAGCCACAUUGAGUUCAUGUCUUUAUGUCAUGUUUCAUAGUCUUUUGUUUUUGUAAAUUUGUAGUUUAUUAAAGCUUUUAUCUGCACCGGU